AGCAUAUUACUAAUAUAAAAAUAAUAUGACAGAAAUAAGCACAUAAAUUAAUAUAUAGAAUCAUGAAAGAACUAAAUAACCAACUAUCUUAAAAUGCAUCGCAACAAUAUUGGAAGAGAUAGUUGAAGAAACAGAUAAAUUAGAUUCUUAAUAAACACCAUUUCAUGCUUCUAAAAUACCUGCAAUAACACUUGAAAAUUACUUAAUUCGAAUAGCAAAGUAUGCAAAAUGUACAGAUGAAUGUUUCAUUAUUGCAUUAAUUUACUUGGAUAAAGUUUAAGAAUAACAUUAAGAAAUUUUGUUAAAUAGCCAUUGUGUUCAUAGGUAUGUAAAUGAUAUGAAUAUAGGUUUUUAAUGAUUGCAAUAGUUUUAGCUAUAAAAUUUUAAGAUGAUGAUUACUAUAGAAAUGAUUAUUAUUCAAAAAUAGCUGGUAUCACUUUAAAAGAGCUGAACUAAUUGGAAUCAGAAUUGUUAGAACUUUUAAAUUAUGACUUAUAUAUUUCGAAAGAUCGUUACAAUAAUUACUUAAAAAAGUUGAGGUUAUAUCAAGAAUAAUGAAAGGCAUG